CUCAGACCAUGAGGACGUCACAAACUUGCGUCAGAGAUACUUCCUCAGUUGUGAUGUUGGGUUGUCACGCUGCAAACUGGGAGUGGUGUCAUUUUUCUGAGCCAAGUAGCCGUCACAGCCAGGGAAGCAGCUAUAUGUGGAGAAUCUAGGAAGAUCAUAUACUCUAAAAAGGAGAGCAUCUCACUACUAACAAGAUGAACAGCUACAAGAUGCAGAUGGCAGAGCAGUUCUUGAAUCACGCCCUGGGCCUUAUCUAUCUGCUGACCGGUCAGGAAUACACCAUUGUGAAGAAGAAUUCCGCCGACAGCAUCAGUCAGCGGCUGACCGGACAGGUCCCUAUACAGUGUGAUGAUGUUGCUGUGUAUUUCUCUGUGGAGGAGUGCGCGUACAUAAAGGGACACAAGGAACUUUACAAGAACGUUAUGAUGGAGACUUGCCAGACAGAGGGGACCGUAGUAGUCCCACCGAACGAGAGCUCAGAUCUCUGUCAUGAAAACACAGAUAUUGUAUCAAACAACGAGAAAGUAAAAAGUGCAACCGCUGAACAGGAUAAGCCGCAGAGGGUCGUCCAUUCAGACCUUGCAGUAGAUCACCAUGAAGAACAUUUAGACAACUCUACUGAGGAUAGAAUAGAUAAUAGUAUUCAGCUGGAGGAAUCUAAAUCAGCACCCUCUACAGAGUACUCAUUUAAUACAGAUGGCUGUAACAAGUAUACAACCGAAAAAUCCAGCGCCAUAGACUCUCUAUGUGAAAACAUAACAGAAAAUAAUUCCAGCUUUGCUACUCAACAUACUCAAAGAAAAUGGUCUGACAGAUACUCACUGAAAGAAUCAUUUAAUGAGGGAUGCAAUCUGAGACCUAUCCGGCGAUCUCAUCAACCCGAGCCUAAUUUCAUAUAUUGUAAUGAGGCACCAUCUACUUCCAGGACUGUUAACAUUAAAGAACCGGUUAUCUGUACACAACGUAAUAGUAAAAGUGAACGUGACACUUACUGCCAAAAAUCAAAGUCAAUAGAUAAACCAUAUAUCUGCUAUGAAUGUGGAAAAUGCUUCCCUUAUAAGUCCAUGUUUGUUAGACACAAGAGAACCCAUACAGGAGAGAAACCUUAUGUUUGCCAGCAAUGCGGAAAAGGCUUUGUUCAAAAAUCAGACCUUGUUGUGCACAAUAGAACCCACACUGAAGAAAAACCUUAUGUUUGUCAGCACUGUGGAAAAGGCUUCUCUCGAAAAUCUGGUUUGUAUAUACACCGUAGAGUUCACACAGGAGAGAAGCCAUACGUUUGCCAGAAAUGCGAAAAAAGCUUCACUCAAAAUUCUAAACUGGUUGCUCACCAAAGAACUCAUAGAGAUGGGAACCCUGGUGUGUAACAUGAAUUAGCCGAUAUAUUUUUGACAAAAAUAGGCCAAAUAUUUUUUUUUUUACAAGACCCACUACAGGAGAAGUCAGAGGCUUUUCUGAUGGGUUUUGUUUUUUUAAAGAUUAUUUCUUAGAGGUGCAAAAUGUUGUUUGUUAUUCAUUUGCAAAACAAAUACCUAUUUUGUCUAAAUUUAAUUAAUUAAAGGGAAAGUCUACUCCA